ACACCGCAAGGAUACGGUUUCCAUUAUCUUUCUGGGUUUCAAGCUGUCAGAACCUGCUAUCGUUGUACUACCUAGCUUAUAAACUGUCUUUCCAGAAAAUGUGUGGAAGACUGUUCCAUUAGAGACAGCAUAUCGUUCACAAUUAACACAAUCAAGUUCUCUCAUCAUGGUGGUUAGCUAACGUUAGCUACGAAGCUAGGUUACUUGGACAAUCCUUUCAACUUGCUUGCUGACAGGUUAGCUUACGACAGCUAACUUCGCUAUGUGAACUCACUAAGCCAGGAAAGUGGCGAUAAAGGAACUCCCUGCAACUCUUUGUUGUUGCAGGUUGCUCUCAUGAGCCCAUGGAGAGGGUGGCCUUUGAGGGGUGGCUGGAGUCAGUCUCUGCCACUUUCCUUACUCUAAAUGACCAGCAGCGCAACCAGUCUCUGGACCACCUCAUAUCUUUAAGUGGCGCUGCCCAGCUCCGCCACCUGUCCAAUGGGCUGGAGACGCUGCUCAAGCGUGACUUCCUGCGCCUCCUUCCUCUGGAGCUGGCCUUUUACCUGCUACGAUGGCUGGACCCUCAGACCCUGCUCACCUGCUGCUUGGUCUGCAAGCAGUGGAAUAAGGUGAUAAACUCGUGUACAGAGGUGUGGCAGAGUGUGUGUCGGGAGCUGGGCUGGAGGAUCGAUGAGUCCAUUCAAGAUGCACCUCACUGGAAGGGGGUCUACCUGAAGGCUAAACUGCGUAUGAUGCAGCUGAAGGACCAGGAGGCCUUUGAGACAUCAUCCCUCAUUGGCCACAGCGCUCGAGUGUAUGCCCUCUACUAUAAGGACGGCCUCCUCUGCACAGGAUCUGAUGACCUCUCUGCCAAACUGUGGGACGUGCGCACCGGCCAGUGUAUUUAUGGAAUUCAGACACACACCUGUGCCACAGUGAAAUUUGAUGAACAGAAGCUGGUGACCGGGUCCUUCGACAACACUAUUGCAUGCUGGGAGUGGAGCACGGGGGCUAAAAUCCAACAGUUCCGUGGCCACACAGGAGCAGUCUUCAGCGUGGACUACAAUGACGAGCUGGAUGUGCUUGUUAGCGGCUCCGCAGACUUCUCGGUGAAGGUGUGGGCUUUGUCUGCUGGCGCCUGUCUCAACACUCUGACCGGACACACCGAGUGGGUCACCAAGGUGAUACUACAGAAGAGUGAGGUAGAAUCUAUGGUGCACAGUCCUGGUGACUAUAUCCUCUUAAGUGCUGAUAAGUAUGAAAUUAAGGUCUGGCCUUUAGGGAGAGAAAUCAACUGCAAGUGUUUGAAGACUCUGUCCGUGUCAGAGGACCGCAGCAUCAGCCUUCAGCCUCGGCUGCAGUUCGACGGACGCUACAUCGUCUGCAGCUCCGACCUCGGAGUUUACCAGUGGGACUUCGCCAGUUUCAAGAUUCUCAGGGUGAUAAAAACACAGGACCCAGCCAACCUGUCCCUGCUCAGCUUCGGCGAGGUGUUCGCGCUCCUUUUUGACAACCACUUCCUGUAUGUGAUGGACCUUAGGACAGAGGCGAUCUCGGGCCGCUGGCCUCUGCCAGCCUACAGGAAAUCCAAACGAGGAUCCAGCUUCCUGGCCGGUGUGACCUCCUGGCUCAACGGCCUGGACGGGGGCAAUGACUCUGGACUGGUUUUCGCCACCAGCAUGCCUGACCAUAGCAUUCACUUAGUACUGUGGAAGGAGAAUGGAUAGACGCAAGCCAGGUCUCCAGGUCCCCCCCCCCCGAGACUGCGUGGACGCGAGCCGCCAUCGUGCCCGCUCUGGGAUAUAUACGAACCUUAACAGCCAAGAUAGAUCAUGCAUGGACCAAAGCAUUUUGUUUUUAUCUGUUUCUUCCUCAGCAUUAGUCCUCCUCUGGACACACACACACACACACACACAAGGACAUUCACAGGUGGAGAUGGAAGGCAAACUGUUACUGAUGUGCUGCAGUCAGUGCUGGAUCAGCAUGUUUUCCUGAUUCCUGCAGAAACCUUAAAAAAAAAAACAAAACAAAAAAAUACAACAACCUCUCACUGGUCUUUUGAUCGCGGACAAAGAGACAGAAAACAGAUUUGUCCAAACCCCCGAGACGUGUCGUCAAAAGGUUCCAAAAUAAACACAACUGUAUAAAUUCUCCUGUAAUAGACUUAACAUGGAAAUGUUUUUGGCAGGUUUAGCUCUUCGAUCCGUUUAGCGUUGCGACGUGCUGAGAUGCUGAGCUGCUCUCCGAGCUGGUUUCCUUGAAGGGAAAAAAAAAAAGCAGGGUUGCCUUAAACACAGUUGCUGUAAAUAAACAGAGAACAUCUCCUUUGACCUGAGUCAAGGGCGAUGUUCCCCAGGGUUUUUUUUUUUUUUUUUAAAACAGACCAUUGCAGAGGAAUCUGUGCACUGAAUCGUAUGUUUAAACAGUGGCCGGGUACAUCAUCGUGUACCGUGUAAAACAUAGUGAGGUUUCAUGUAAUUCCACUGAGGGGGGGGGGGUGUCUGGUUUAAAUGUCAGCUUGAGAAAUGUGACGUGCCUUUUCAGUUCAUUUGAUGUUACAGACGAGGAUUCCCAGAUAACCGCGGCACGUUUGCAGCAACGUGACGACUGCACUGUAAAUCGGACUUUUUAUGUUGAAUUUUCCAUAUUUUACUGUGCUCUAACAGUCUGAGAUGUCUGUAAUUUUUUUAUAGCUAUCUACCUGACUUGACUUGCUCAGUGAAUUGCUUUUAUGAAUCAUUGACUGUGUUUGAACAUCAGGUUUAUUUUUCUAAAGGCCUCAGUGCGUUGCACAGCAGAUGAAA